GAGGCCAGGUCGACCCUCUUGUAUUCCUGGCUCUGUUCUACGCGAUUCACUGAAACGCACGUACACACGGACGCGUGCACGAUCCUUGUCCUUCGACCAAUUCCGCUGAUAACAUUUUCUCUGUUCGCGUUCCUCGUCGGUAGUCGCAAGUAAGACGCGUGAACAUUCGUUUCUGUGUUUGACCCGACGAGUGAAAGGGCAAGUCGUACAAGUCUCCCGUGAUCGUUGUUAUUGUGCUCAAGCUCCGUUCAAGCACCCUGGGCUGAGAGUGCGAAUGUAGGUGAUUAAAUAUACGUACACGACGCCAGAGGUGCGACUAUCAUCGAGACGGAGCACCGUCAAUGACGGAGUCUUGGAGAUAAGCAACCACCGUGUGUGCGUCCGCGGCCUAGUGACCUGACCUUGGGUCGGCCCGACCAGAUUCGUGAGCAGAAAAAUCAGCUUGCAUGGACCUUGACUACCCGGCCUUAAUGCGAGAACUGCAGGCAUUCAGUGCACCGAGAGGGGAAUCGUCAAGGAUGUGAACAAACAAAUCAACGCAAAUGCCCAACAAGGCACGGCCUCGUCGAGAGUGGUCUCCCCAGUCCCCUAUAGAUGUAUUGUGGAUACCCCGCUCCGCCAUGAGGCCGGCCGAGGGCGAUACGACAGACUGCAUCUUGGUGGUAGGCAUAUCUAGACCGAAAAUGGCCGCCGCCUUCCUCACGGUCGUUCUCCUUUCCCUCUUCCUGACCUUCCACAUUCUCUACGACAGCGCAGUGUACAGUCUGCACGCUGCGACCGCCGUCGAGAGCCGUACCGUCGAGCUCGUAUCCCAGGUGCGCGCCACCCCGCCGUUGCUCUUCUCCAGCAAAGUGCACUUCCCGCGCACCAGCCGACAUCUACCUCAGGCGAUCAUCAUCGGUGUACGAAAGUGUGGCACCCGGGCCCUCCUCGAGAUGCUUUUUCUCCACCCGCAGAUCCAAAAAGCCGCAGGCGAAGUUCACUUCUUCGACCGCGACGACAAUUAUGUAAAGGGCCUCGAGUGGUACCGGCGGAAAAUGCCGUACUCGUUCCGGGGCCAGAUCACCAUCGAGAAGAGUCCCAGUUACUUCGUCACGCCAGAGGUACCUGAGAGGAUACGAGCAAUGAACGCGAGCGUCAAGUUGCUGUUGAUAGUCCGCGAACCGGUGACGAGAGCGAUAUCCGACUACACUCAGCUGCGAACGCACGCCGCCACUGCGUCUACCAUGACGAACGGUACACCGCGAAGCGUGCUACUGCAACAGCAACAGCAGCAGCUACAACAACAGCAGCAAGCGGCGCGCAGCUUUGAGGAACUAGUGAUACGACCAGACGGUAGUAUAAACGAGUCGUACAGGCCGGUCGCGAUUUCGCUCUACCACACGUACAUGCACAGAUGGCUGGAGGUGUUCUCCAGGGAGCAAAUAUUGAUAGUGAACGGUGAUCAGCUGAUCGAGGAUCCGGUGCCUCAGCUAAGAAGGAUCGAGAACUUUCUGGGUUUAGAGCCGCGGAUCGGUAGGCACAAUUUCUACUUCAAUCAUACGAAGGGUUUCUACUGUCUGCGCAACGAAACCUCGGAAAAGUGUCUGAAGGAAAGCAAAGGCAGGCGGCAUCCCCGAGUGAAUCCUAUAGUAGUCACUAAGCUGAGGAGGUUCUUCAACGAGCACAACCAACGAUUCUACGAGCUCGUUGGCGAGGACCUCGGUUGGCCCGAGGAAUAACCGUCGUAGUAACGUGGUUCGAUCGCCACGAUGCGGAGGUUUACGCGCAGCCACCAGUGUUUAUUUAUCGGACAGAAUCCCAGCUACCCCUGUUUCACGAAGAGGAUUUAUUUUACGAGAACGUUAAAGGCAAAGGAUGUAGUUGAUUGAAUCUUCGUGUUGAUUGAAUUUAGAUAUGAGGAUCACGAAGAAGUCGAGCUAAUCCUGGACGAUGGUAUGAAAAUGUUAAGCACAAUGGAACCCUUACACGCAACUUACACGAGUUUGGAAAUGAAAAUCGCUAGGUCAUGGGAUGAUGCAUUCAAAUCGUCGAGCAAAUUCUGAAUAAUACAAGGAUGUAGAACUCGAUGGAAUCUUCGCACGCAA